AGGAACGACGUCGUAUUCCUCCAUUUUAACGGUGACGAUGACGGAUAGUUGUGUUCGAGCUGUUAUUGAAGCUAUACAUUCAUCUCCUACUCAAGCUGUUAUUUAUCUCUCUGGUGGUGCCUCUCAGGCAUUGGGGUGGUUGAUGUCAGUUCCGGGAGCAUCGAACACUGUGCUUGAAUCCGUAGUUACUUAUUCUAGAAUGUCUAUGAUUCAAUUACUCGGCAAGGUUCCUGCUCAAGCAGCUAGUUCGCAAACUGCCGAGGAAAUGGCGUUGUUGGCUUAUAAUAGAGCAUUAAAGCUUUCUAAACCAGGUUCACCAGUUCUAGGUGUGGGUUUUACUGGUGCCUUGGCCAGUGCACGUCCAAAACGUGGAGAUCAUAGGUUUCACUUGUCAACGAGAACAUCUGACCGGCUUUGGUCCUCGACCGUUACUUUGACUAAGGGUCUGCGAACUCGUGAGCAGGAAGACGGAGUCUCGAGUCAAUACUUAAUCAAGGCAAUUGCAAAUGCUAGCAAGGUUGCAGGAACUUUUGUUCCGGACUUGACUGAAUCAGAAGUUCCAGAUGAACAUGAACAACAGUUUGAUGAAGAUGAAGAGCUAAAACAACUUCUCAGUGGGGUUAUAUGCUUCAAACUGUAUCCUUUCUCAAGUGACACAUCAGGUGCAGGAAGGAAAAUAAUCCUGUCUGGUUCCUUUAAUCCUUUGCAUAAUGGUCACCUUAAGCUCUUGGAAAUUGCAACUAGCAUUUGUGGCAGUGGUUAUCCAUGCUUUGAGUUGUCAGCUGUCAAUGCAGACAAACCUCCAUUGGAAAUACCUCAAAUCAAAGAUCGUGUAAAGCAAUUUGAAAAAGUUGGAAAGACGGUCAUAGUGUCUAAUCAGCCAUACUUUUACAAGAAAGCAGAACUUUUUCCAGGCAGUGCUUUUGUCAUUGGUGCAGACACAGUUGCAAGACUUGUACAUCCAAAGUACUAUGGUGAUGACUAUGGAAAGAUGUUGGAGAUACUUCUGGGAUGUAAAAACACAGGUUGUACUUUCCUAGUUGGUGGUCGAAAUGUUAAUGGAACUUUCAAGGUUCUUGAGGAUUUCGACAUUCCAGCAGAGCUAAAAGACAUGUUUGUGCCUAUACCAGUUGAGAAAUUCCGUAUGGAUAUAUCAUCCACCGAAAUUCGGAAGAGUCAAGGGUCCUUGUAAGCUAUUUGCAUCGUUUUCACUCAACCUAUCUGGGUUCCAUUUUUCAUUGUUUACUCUUCCCAGUCUCAGCAGAACCUAAUGUGAGGAAUUUUUAGACUCUGAUAUGAGUUUUCUUUCUAACAUUUGUAUAUAUAUGAAUAAAUGCUUUGUUUUAAAGUAUUAUUAUGCCUUUUAACCAAACUUCAGCUUCUGUCAACUUUAUACACGAAUCGUUGACUUUCAAGCUAUUCCUUACAUAC